AGAGCGAAAACUCUCGUCGACUGUUAUGAAGUUUAAGCAUGUUUAAAUUCGACGACAGAAGUAGAGAGUUUAUGAGCGAGAGUGACGAGUUUGAGAUGAAAUAAGGGUUAGUAGCAAACGAGUUUAAACUUUUGGCUUCUCUUGCUAAAGUUUGGAACUGCCAGUCAAGCUCCGCCCCAAAUAAUCCCAGUAUUUGCGUUUGAAGCCGUCAUUUUUCGCCACGAAAACGGAUAAAAUAUUUUCCGUCCUCACUUUUCUCUCGGCUUUGCUUUCUGUCCGCACUGAAAACAGCCCCAAAACAGAAGUGACAUUAGCGUUGUCAGAAAUUCGAUUGUAACGUAUUUCCGUUUCCGAAAAAGCUAUGUUUUGGUGGUGGAAAACGUCGUUUUGUGUGAGCUAUAGGUCAAGCUAGCCGACGGAAAAAAAAUUGCGUUUUCGAUUUCAAAUUCAUCCAGACUAGUGCGGACUUGAAAACAGGUGAGAUUAUUAAUUAGCACAACGGUGCGAAAACAAGUAAAUGAGGUCACUUAAUUGUUCUAUUAUACCGCAGUAAGUUAACAUUUGAAGCAGGAGAACUAAACCCGAAUUUUUUUUCAACCGGCUGUUCAUAUUACCAAACCUAAAAACUCUGUUUAGUUUGUUCAUGAAGUAUUCCUUGCAUGUUUCAUUUUGUAGGUCUUCAUGGUGAAAACAGAAAAAGAGUCUUUGCAAGCUAACGGUAGGAGGUACUGUAUAUUAACUCCAGAAAAGACAUGUCCGACUAUAGUGAAAAAGAUAAACAGAAAAAUUCAGAGGAGAAUGUACAAGAAAGCAUGAAUGGUGCUGCAGAGCAACUCAAGAUUGUUUCACCGAGAGCCAUAGAGUUAGUACCUCCUGAAAGAUAUCUUUUACCUCAGUAUGAGCUAUCGGAUUGCCCAGAGCGAACCACAGAACCCUCAAGAAGGAAACUUCUGUCCCACUCUGAACUUCCGGAAUGGCUACGCGGGAACGAGUUUUUAUCUCACUUCCACAGACCGCCCAUGCCAUCCUUUACAUCCUGCUUCAAGAGCAUUUUUAAAAUUCACAGUGAAACUGGAAAUAUAUGGACUCACUUGAUUGGUUUUAUUAUCUUUGUUUGCAUUACAAGUUACAUGCUUUUACGACCAAUCACUGCUUACACCCCAUUUCCUAAAGACUGGCAGGAGAAGCUUAUAUUUGGCUGUUUCUUUGCCGGUGCAAUCUUGUGUUUGGGUAUUUCGUGGAUUUUUCACACCGUCUACUGUCACUCUAAGGUGGUUUCCAAGAUAUUUCGCAGACUUGACUACUCAGGCAUUGCUAUCUUCAUUAUGGGAUCGUUCAUCCCUCCUCUUUAUUAUGGAUUCUAUUGUUCAAGAGUUCUCAAGGUUGUUUACAUUUGUCUGAUCUGUUCUCUUGGUAUCAUUUGCAUCAUCGUUUCUUUGUGGGACAAGUUCAACGCUCCUGAGUACCGACUGUUGAGAGCAAGUAAGGUUUUUAUAUAUUUUUUUAGAGCAUUUGUGGGCAGCGUUUUCUUAGACGUCGUAUUACGAUGCUUUUGCAGCGUGUCUUCUUUAGAAAGCAGAAUGUCUCGUCAAGGAUGUAAUUCCCUCAGGAGCAACAUGAAAUCCGUUCCCAGUAAAGGUGCGCACAAAACCCAGGCGCUGGACUUGAAAAGCAGGCUAUGUACGAUCAGUAACCUUACAAUCAUGUGUUUUACAGGUCUAGUAAUUUCUUUUGGAUAUUCUGGAUUUAUUCCCGCCAUUCACCUGAUAGCUGAGUACGGUUUGACGAUAGCUUAUCGACAGGCGGCCGGUGGAUGGGUAUCUCUCAUGUGCCUCUUGUACACUGCCAGUGCUGUCAUGUAUGCUACAAGGAUUCCUGAGAGAUUUUUUCCCGGCAAAUGUGACGUCUGGUUCCAGAGCCAUCAGAUCUUCCAUUUGCUUGUUCUGGCUGCAGCGUUUGUUCAUCUGUACGGAAUCUGUCAAAUGGCACAAUACAGGUUUGAGCAGGGAGCUGUAUGCGAAAAAUGAGUUUCAUUGAAUAUACUGCGAAUUUUUUUUUCUAUCAAGCUUAACAACUGGAUUCAGAAAACGACAGAUGCUAUCAGGACAGCUGCGAAAGCCGAGUACCGUACGGAAAAAAAAUGGCCAGAUGCUCCUCUGAAGGAAUACAAUUCAGUUCAAUUUAAAUAUUAUGGAGAAAGACUAGAAACUUAUUGUAAAAGAAAUGAUUGAGUAGUGAAAAACUGAUAAUAUACGGACCUAUCUUUAAGUCUGCUGGAAAGACGUUUCGUAUUCUUCAACAUACAUCCUCAAUUCAAUUUAAAUGCUACGGAGAAAGACUGGAACCUAAUUGCCUGUACAUUAUCAGUAUUUUUUUUUAUUGAUUUUUUGGAAGUCUAGGGAUGACACUAUGAGGAUAAAACGUGUCUUACUAGACAUUUGAAUGUGCGUAUCACCGAACAUUUCUACUUGUUAUUUGAACUCUGAUUCGCCCUAAGGGCUCGCCGAAGUACUGCAGCCAAACUUUUAACCCGUGUUUUGCGUUGCGCUAUAGAUAUUUAUUAUAGUGCACAAAUAGUAUUAAAUUUACAAAUGCAAGGCAUUCCCAAAUACAGCUUUUAGAAAUUUUCAAAAAGAAAACCAAUUUCAAUAUUUUCUUGGAAAAUUUUUCAACAUAUUUGGUCUCAAAAUAAAAAUUUCCGCGAUUUAAAAAACCUUUGAAUUUAAUUGCUUACUUGGAUAAUUUAUACCCUUUGCUAUUCGUUAACUUCAAAUUUGUAUUAUCUGUCUUUGAUUGAGGUGUAUACUGAGUAUAUAAAAUGCUGGUACAAAUUUAUUUUACUCUUGUCAGUGAAAUAAAAUAACAUGAAACAACAGCAACUAUUGCCAUUUUGAAGUAAAUUUAGUAAAAUUAUCUUUAUACCGUCUUUUUAAUAACGUCAAGUUCAGAAAUCCUAAUACGUAGUACAUCUGCACGAAAAUCUGCGUACAUGACCUUAACUUGAUGACUAAUCCAGUCAGGCAUCGCGCGGGACUUUUCGCGCGCGAUUCAUCCCUCACCCUGGUGAUACAAACAUCUCAGUUUUUUUCUCCUUGAGUCCUUUUGUACUGAGUGACAUCGCGCGCGUAAUUUGACUAAUUUUCUUCUGUAGUAAGUGGCAUCACGCGCGUUGUUUCACUUGAUUCUUGAUUCCUUCUGUAAUGAGUGGCAUCCCGCGCGUAAUUUCACUUGAUUCCUUCUGUAGUCGGUGUAAUCACACGCGUUAUUGACCUUGAUUCCUGCUGUAGUCAGUGUCAUCGCGUGCCUAAUUUCACUUGAUUCUUACACUGUAAUCAGUGGCAGCGCGCACGUAAUUUCACUUGAUUCUUACUGUAGUCAGUGGCACAUUUGAUUCCUUCUGUAGUCAGUGACAUUACGUGCAUAAUUUCACUCGAUUCCUUCUGCUAGUUAGUGGCAUCCCGAGCGUAAUUCCACUUGAUUCCUUCUAUAUUCGGCGUUAUAUUGAGCUUGAUUCCUUCUGUAGUCAGUGGCAGCGCGUGCGUAAUUUCACUUGAUUCCUGCUGUAGUCAGUGGUACAUUUGAUUUCUUCUGUAGUCAAUGACAUCACGUGCGUAAUUUCACUCGAUUUCUUCUACUAAUCAGUGACAUCUCGCGCGUAAUUUCACUUGAUUUCUUCUAUAGUCGGCAUCAUCGCGCGUGUUAUAUUAAGUUUGAUUCCUUCUGUAGUCAGUGGCAUCGCAUGCGCAAUUUCACUUGAUUCCUGCUGUGGUCA